GAGCCGCCGCCGGAGCGUCCCGGGGCGACGCCGGUCUCCGCGGGGACCCGCGGGGGGUGGGCGUCCGCUACUGCGCAGGCGUCCCAGGAAGCGCACCGCCGAGCCGCGCUCCGCCCGCGGCCGCCGCCGACUCCGCUGGUAGCCCGGAGCGCGCGGUUCCGCUAGCGCCGAGCUCUGCGCGCCGGACCCAAGUGGCGGUGGAGGCGGGGGCCCUAACUGCUGUGUACAACAUGUUCAAUAUGAAGAUAUUAGUAAUUCUUUUGUUUUGGGGACUUGUCACUGGCUAUAGAGGUAACUCUUCCUAUGGCUCCGCACCUCAGUUACUUCUGGUAUCCUUUGACGGCUUUCGAGCCGACUACCUGAAGAGCUAUGACCUUCCUCACCUCCAGAACUUUAUCAAAGAAGGUGUCUUGGUGGAACAUGUUAAAAAUGUUUUUAUCACCAAAACAUUUCCAAACCACUACAGCAUUGUGACAGGCUUAUAUGAGGAAAGCCAUGGCAUUGUGGCCAACUCCAUGUAUGAUGGUGUCACAAAGAAACAUUUUUCUGAAUCCAAUGAUAAGGAUCCGUUUUGGUGGAAUGGAGCAGAGCCUAUUUGGGUGACCAAUCAGCUUCAGGAGAACAGAUCAAGCGCUGCCGCUAUGUGGCCUGGCACUGAUGUGCCCAUUCACAAUAUCACACCUUCCUAUUUUAUGAACUACAGCAGCUCAGUGUCCUUUAAGGAAAGACUAAGUAACAUUACUGCGUGGCUCAGCAGUUCCAACCCACCAGUCACCUUUGCAACGCUCUAUUGGGAAGAACCAGAUGUAAGCGGCCACAGGUAUGGGCCUGAAGAUAAAGAAAACAUGCGUCGGGUAUUGAAAGAAGUAGAUGACCUUAUUGGUGAUAUUGUCCUGAAGCUCAAGGUGUUAGGACUAUGGGACAGCCUUAAUGUGAUCAUUACGAGCGAUCAUGGGAUGGCUCAGUGUUCUGAGAGCAGACUGAUAGAUUUGGAUUCAUGCAUCGACCAUUCAAACUACAGUGUUAUAGACUUAACCCCCGUGGCUGCGAUUCUUCCCAAAAUAAAUGUAACAGAGGUUUAUGACAAGCUGAAACACUGUAACCCUCACAUGAGUGUUUAUCUCAAAGAGGCUAUCCCCAACAGAUUUUACUACCAGCACAGCGAUCGAAUUCAGCCCAUUAUUUUGGUUGCUGAGGAAGGCUGGACAAUCACAUUCAACAAGUCCUCAUUCAAAUGCGACCAUGGCUAUGAUAACUCCCUGCCUAGUAUGCACCCGUUUCUUGCUGCCCAUGGACCUGCCUUUAGGAAAGGUUAUAGGCAGAGCACCAUCAACACUGCAGAUAUUUAUCCAAUGAUGUGCCACAUCCUGGGACUAAAACCACAUCCCAAUAAUGGAACCUUCAGUCAUACCAAGUGCUUGUUGGUGGACCAGUGGUGCAUUAAUCUCCCAGAAGCCAUCGGAAUUGUUGUUAGUGCCCUCUUGGUAUUAACCAUGCUAACAGGCCUCAUGAUAUUCAUGCAGAGCAGAGCGUCCGCAUCCCGUCCAUUCUCCCGUCUUCAGCUGCAGGAAGAUGACGAUGAUCCUUUAAUUGAGUAAUUCACCGUGUCUUAUUAAUUUCAAAACUAAGGAUCCAUGCAAGGAGUGGUGUUACAGCCAUAAAAAGGUAUAUUUCAAAAGACAAGGCACACAUGGCAAAAUUACUCUGCGGUGUGUGUGUGUGUGUGUGUGUGUGUGUGUGUGUGUGUGCUGUUUUGGUGUGUUGCCUGUUGCAAAUAACCCUGAUGGUAUUAGAAUUGCUAGUAAAUCAGUUCAAACCACCUAUUUCCCUAGCAAGACUAGCCUUUGAGAAAAAAAACCCUGGGUCCUCCUUCCUUCCUUCUUUCUUUCUUUCUUCUUCUUUUUCUUUCAAUGAAAUAUAUCUUUAAGUGAAAAUAUACCAGAAUUUAAUUUCUAACAAGUUUAUGUAUUUGUAAAUGACACAAAACUAUUUAUGUAAUUUGUGCAUUUUGUGUAUCCUAUAGAAAAAGUUGCAUAUAUUUUUAUAUUUGUCUUUAGUUAGCGUGUGUCCCAAGAAAACCCUUGAGAUAGGAAAUUCUGUGAUAGUUACUAAAACUGAUUAGCCACAGAACAUAACUGUAGCAUACAAAGAACCUGUUUUAAAUAAAGCUGCUAAAAAACAAGCAAAACCCAAGGAAGACUAUGUUAUAUAGAGCCCGAGCUUGUUAAGACCCGUCCGCUGUUGACACCUCAGAAGCUGAGUCUGGGGCUGGGCACAGUGGUGCACACAUGCAGGAAGGACCAGGCAGAGCCUUGAGAGGAGUCCAACUUGGGUUACAGAGUAACAACUUGUGGUUUUGUUUGUUCAUUUGUUUGUCUUACUUACGUUUUUGGACACUUGUUUAUAGGGACUUUCAAAGGACAUAGAGAAAAAUUCUUCUCUAUUUGUGUUUAAUGUCUCUGGGUGAUUUGUGUGUGCCAGUGUGUUUGUCUGAGUGGAUGUGCAGAGGUCAUGUGACACGUGAAAGGGCCACGUGCCAGAACACAGCUGUUGAGGAAGCCUCUGCUCAAGGAAAGGCUACUUCUUGCAGACUUUAUGCGUAUACUUUCACCAACUCACAACUUAAUAUCACUAUUAAAAUAUCAUAUUUUGUUAUAAUUUUCAAUUCUCAUGUUUAUUGGAAGUGUUCAAAUGUUAUAGGAAAAAAAAUAUGACCUGAGUAUAAAGCUGCAAGGUCAGGAUUUUUGAAUUGACCUUUGUGGCUCUUGAAUGUGCCUUCUGUGCAGUCGUGUGGUCAGCCAUGCGAAAUGGAGUUGAGUGUCUUCUGCCCUGGCAGAAGCUGCAUGCUAAGGGCAGAGCAGCUCCAGCCCCACACUGCUCGCUUGCUCGCCUGACUCAUCGUAACCCCGAGAACCAAAGAGUUGUUGGGAAGCACUGUCAUCAUUCAUUCCCUGCACAGCUGGAUCCUCAGAACCAGAGCUAUGAGGACAGCCCAUGUGAUGUCCAUUGGGCAACAGGCCACUGCUUGGUGGCACUGGUGUGAUCUUGUGCAUUGUGACAAUGUAAAGCAAACUUGGUGACUGCUCUUGAGAUGCGAGAUGGAUCUACCGUAAGUAUGCAGUGCAGUUAGACACCUAUGAUCCGUGAUGACUGACGACACUUGUCAGUCAUCUUAGCUUUAUUGCACUGUACUGGCUCACUGUGAAUUUCCUUCAAGUUUGAUGUCUGGAGCCUCAUUGUAUUGGGGCUUUGAGAGGCAUUUCUGUACUGCAUACAUGAUCUAUGCUCUUGCUUUUGGUCACAGAAUGGAUGUUUUAAGAACAGGAUAGGACUGAUUUUGUUUGUAAAUGUUCUGAUUUAUUUUGUUACAUGCAAUAGAGAUACUAAAGGGUGAAGGGUUGAUCCAGUAAAACAAUAGAGAAAUCCCUGCUUAUUUCAAUUUCCAUUUAAGAAAGUAACAAAUAAACUGCCAUAUUUACUUUGAGAAGAUGUGAGUGGACACUUUGGACCUUUCUCCAGCAGGGUUGAAGAUAGCUUAGCUCCCAUAGUGCUGCAGAUCCCAGUGGUCCCCUUCCCCCAGCUGCACCUUAUACUCGGUGUCCGCCUGUAGAGCAGACUUUUACAAAGGAUGGGAUAGGAAGGGAUGCUCUGUCAGUGUCUUAGUCCUUGCAGUACAUGGAUUUAUUUUGUAUUUUAUUCUGUUCUCAGAAUACUAAAACUAGGUAAAAUUUUAUAAAGUGCUUAUUCAGGAGACAAGAUUAGUAUUUGUUUAAUCAAGUAUAUUAUCAUAUUGAACUAUCUGCUAAGUCAUUUGUAUCCUUGAAAAAAAAAAUCAUCACAAUUAAAGCGCUGGGCUGCAGUUUUGCUCUGAGAAAACCUUCUUAGUAAAGAUAGCCUUUGACAUGGAGGUUUAGUGUGUAUGUUGUAAAGCAUUAGCUAAACCUGCUCUGCUUUCUGUUCAGGAGAAAAGAUUUGGCUUCUGGAAAUAUGUCGCUCUUGGUGAUAGUACCCAAAGAUAAUAGGAACGUGUUUGUAGUACCCAAAGAUAACAGGAACGUGUUUGUCUGUGUACUUGUUGGUAAUUGCACUAGUCAGCUCUGAAUUUAGUACCUUGACUCUCAAGUAGAGGACCAGGUGUGUUCCUGUUAGCCACCUAUCAUGUGUGCUCUUCAGUAGGGUAUGUCAAAGGCUCGUUGGCAGUGCUGCCCAGGUUUCCUUUAAGAACCCACAGGUAAAGCCUUGGGAUAUUCAAGGAUCUGCCUUUGCACUGAUCUUGGAUGUACCCUUCUCUGCCCGCCUGGUAAGCUUGAAGGAUUGUUGGCUUUAAUUCCUUUUGUGAAGAGUGGUUCAUUUCAUUUUUAAUUUAUAACAUUACAAAAGAAGGGCAAAGAUUAGGUAUAAAAUAUGUAUUUAUUGUCAGUUCUCAAACAGCAUGUAAAUACAGUGAGUGUGCUGUAAGGAAGUUUGCAGUGCCUUAAGUUAAAGGGAAUACAUUGUUUCAACUUGUAGCUAAUGACUUUGCUUAUGAUUAAAAUGUAUGUAAAUAAAGUCUACCCAAACAAAUA